GGAUCUCACUGGAGCUCACUCAGGUCCGCACAUAGCAGAAGGUAGGGUUGGGAGUGACUGGGCUGUUUUGGCCCCUUCAGCCAUUUGCAGCCUAAGGCUGCUGUCACUCAAACAUUGCUAGCCAAUCAAAGCUUCCAAGUAGGCAGUCCAAUCGAGUUCCAGCGGGAGGUGGGAUUUCUUGGCCGCCAUGCUACCUGCUAGGCUCUGAGGCUGAGAUCGUCGCCUUGGAGACGCUGUUCUGUACGGAGAGCAUCGCUGUGGCAAAUUAUGUGACGAGCGCGAGUGAGCCUCGAAGCCGCGCUAUGAGGCCUGAAGAGGAUGUCAGAGGCCUUGAAGAUGACUAUCCUGUAUUAAGUUGACAAAGAUAGCACACAUGUCAAAUGAAGGGUCUCAAGGAACACCUGGCCUAGGUGGUAUAACAUUGGUUGCUGUCAAGGAUUUAGUUGUCUUUGAAGAUGUGGCUGUGAACUUCACCGAGGAAGAGUGGGCUUUGCUGGAUUCUUCUCAGAAGCAUCUAUACAGAGAUGUAAUGCUGGAAAUCUACAAUAACCUUGCUUGUGUCGAAAACAAAUGGGAAGACCAGAGUAUGGAAGACGAACACACAAAUCCUAGGACAAAUCAAAGAACGUGUGUGUUUGAGAGACUGUAUGAGAGUACCGAAGGUGGUCAGUCUGGAGAAAUCUUCACCAAGACACCAAAUGUGACAAACAUCUUCCCUGGUCCAAAAGUUGAACUUGAUGAAAGUGGCAGGAUGCAAUAUGAAUGUGAACAGACCUGGAAAACUUUGAAUUCUGUUACAAGUAUUCACACGUAUACACAAAGCCACAGUAUGAGUAGGCCUUAUAAUGUAUGUGGCACAUCCUUUGGUUUUCCUAGCUCCUUUGGAAGACAUCAAGAAACUCUUCUUGGCGAAAAGCACUAUGAACAGAAGGAAAAACUCCAUCAUUCUGCUAAAUUAUUUUACAUCUAUGAAAGAAAUGACAAUGCAGAGAUCGAUAAUGAACACAAACCGUUUGGUAGAGCUCAAAGUUCUUUUGGUUCCUGUGAAAGCUAUGGAAGAAUUAAUACAAGAAAAAGGUCCUAUGAAUGUAAACUGUGUAGUAAAUCCUUCAUGUAUCCUUCUUUACUUCUAAAACAUGAAAUAACUCAUUCCAAUGAAAAACCCUACGGAUGCCUACAAUGUGGUAAAGCUUUCAGAAAUCUCAGUUCUCUUCAAAAACAUAAAAUAACUCAUACUGAGGAAAAGCCUUAUAAAUGUCAUUAUUGUAAUAAACUGUUCAUCUGCCAGGGAUCACUUCAGUCACAUAUAAGAGUUCAUACUGGGGAAAAGCCUUAUGAAUGCACACAGUGUGGCAAAGCCUUCAGAGUUAACAGUUCAUUUUGGCGCCAUAAAAAGGUUCAUACUGGGGAAAAGCCCUAUGAAUGUAAACAAUGUGGUAAGUCCUUUAUCUAUCCCUCUCUACUUCAAACACACGAAAGAACUCACAGUGCAGAAAAGCCCUAUAGCUGUAAACAAUGUGGUAAAGCCUUUAAGUCUCACAGUUCCCUUCGAGUCCAUGAAAGAAAUCACACUGGGAAAAAGCCCUAUGAAUGUAAACAAUGUGGCAGGUCCUUUAUUUAUCCCUGUUUACUCCAGAUACAUGAAAGAACUCACAGCGGUGUCAAACCCUAUGGAUGUAGACAGUGUGGGAAAGCAUUCCGACGCCUCAGUGACCUUCGAGUGCAUGAAAGAACUCAUACUGGAGAAAAACCUUAUGAAUGUAAACAAUGCACUAAAUCUUUUAUUAAUCGGUAUUUACUUAAAAUGCACCAAAAGUCUCAUACUGGUGAGAAACCCUACAAAUGUAAGAUGUGCAGUAAGGCCUUCAUUUAUCCUUCCUUACUUAAACUGCAUGAGAGAUCUCACACUGGGGACAAACCCUAUCUAUGUAAACAAUGUGAUAAAGCCUUCAUUUUCCCCUCCUUACUUAAAAUGCAUGAAAGAACUCACACUGGGGAAAAACCUUAUGCUUGUAAACAGUGUGGCGAAGCCUUCAAAAGUUACAAUUCCCUUCAGAGACAUAAAAGAAUUCAUACUGACCAGAAGGCUUAUGAAUGUAAGCAUUGUAGCAAAACCUUCAUGUGCCAGAGAUCCCUUCAGCUACAUGAUAGAACUCAUACUGGGGAAAAACCAUAUAAAUGUGAGCAGUGUGGUAAUUCCUUCAGAUAUCACAAUUCCCUUCAAAGACAUAAAAUAAUCCAUACAGGGAAAAAUCUCUAUGAAUGUAAACAGUGCAAUAGGUCCUUCAUCUAUCCAUAUUUACUCCAAAUUCAUGAUAGAACUCACUCUGGGGGAAAACCAUAUGAAUGCAAACAGUGUGGUAAGGCCUAUAUUUAUCCUUCUUUACUUCGAAUACAUGAAAGAACUCACAGUGCAGAAAAACCCUACAGCUGUAAACAAUGCGGUAAAGCCUUUAAAUCUCACAGUUCCCUUCGGGUCCAUGAAAAAAACCAUACUGGGGAAAAGCCCUAUGAAUGUAAACAAUGUGGCAGGUCCUUUAUUUAUCCUUGCUUACUUCAGACACAUGAAAGAAUUCACAGUGGUGUGAAACCCUAUGAGUGUAAACAGUGUGGAAAAGCCUUUAGAGGUCACAGUUCCUUUCGGGUCCAUAAAAAACUUCACAGUGGGGAAAAGCCCUAUGAGUGUAAACAAUGUGGCAAGUGCUUCAUUUAUCCAUCCUUACUUCGAAUGCAUGAAAGAACUCAUAGUAGUGAAAAGCCCUAUAAUUGUAAGCAAUGUGGCAAGGCUUUUAAAUCUCGUAGUUCCCUCCGAGAACACGAAAGAAACCACAUUGAGGAAAAAUCCUAUCAAUGUCAACAGUGUGGUAAAAUCUUCAGACGUUACAGUUCAUUUCAAAACCAUAAACAAAUCCAUGCUAUACAAAAACUCAAUGAAUGUAAACAAUGUGGUAAGAUCUUUAUUUAUCCUUCUCUUCUUCAGAGGCAUGAAAAGACUCACAUUUGUGAAAGAACCGUAUGUAUGUAAACAAUGUGAUUAAAGCUUUCUCAUAUCACAAUUCUUUUAGGAGAGAUAAAUUUCAUUGGUGGGGGAGAUAUGAAUAAUGUGAUAAAUUAUAUUUACAGUUCUCUUCAACUGCAGAGAAAAUUCGUAUGUAACAGUUUGAGUAUAAAGUAUCCUUCUGAAGUAGCCAUCCCCUUCAAAUGUAUAGAAUAAUUCAUAAUGAAGUAGAACCAUGUUUCCUAAGACAUUAAAAAUUGUUAUGUUAGAAGGAAAUCCUGUGAAUAUAAACAAUAUGAAAUCUCAAUGUAGUGAAAAUUUUGGAGUUUUGUUUUUUUUUUUAAGGACAUGGAAAUAUCCUUCCAUUUUUUCUCCCAGGUAUGGAGUAUGGGGCUGCUUCACAGCAGCUAAUUAUGAUUUGCCUGGUGCUCUAGCAGGGGUAUAGUUUUGCCCACUGCCGGCAGUUUUUGUGAUUGUGUGACAUUUCGAAUUCUGGGGACUUUUCAGAGAGUAUAUAAAUGCUGGGCCCCAAGAGGUGGGGUUAUUACUGGUGGGUUGCUGGUUGGCUGCUGAUCGCUCUUGGUCACCAUUUGCUAAGUAGUCUUGAGCAAAGAAACAAGAAGCAGUUAGAGAUCCUGUCAGGAAAGAUCAAACUUGCCCGCAGGAAUUUGAUAAUCCCUAAUAAACAGGAAAUAAUCUAGCAAUGACAUCACUCCCUUUCUCCUCUAUCCUUUUUUUCCUCUCCUAUCUAGUGUUAGAGGAUUGAAAGGGUUGAAGAAUAGGGGUGGAGAAAGGUGGAAGGAAGAAGAUCCCACAAAGUAGCAUAAGCCAACUAUAAGUGGUGCCCAGAUGUAGGGCUAGCAGAAUGGGAAAUUUGAUUUCAAAUGCCAUAGAGAAAACAACAGGGACAAAGGAUUGGAUUUUUUUUUUUUUUGAGACACCAGCAAAAAAAAUUUAUUGCAGCUGCUUCCACUGGGAUAUCUCUUGCUCUACUCCCUGAGAUGAUUUUCUGGUUUUUCUUUUUCUUUGUCCUAUAUUCUGUUUCAAAAAAGCUUGGGAGAAUGGCUGGAAAAACUGCGGCUGGAAAUGGAGGAACCCAGAAAACAAUAAAUGGCUGA